AUGGCUUCAGGACAGACCCUCGGAUUCAUUGGAUGCGGUAACAUGGGAGGCGCCGUCCUAAACGGCCUCCUAAACAGCGCAUUCUCAAGCAAAGACACCUCAACCACGCCUAAGCCAAUAACCCGCUUCAUCGCCUGCACAAAAACAGCCAACUCAGCAUCCCGCCUCCAGAAGACAAUCGCACCAGAGCACCAAGAACUAAUCAAAGUCGUCUCCGACAAAACUGUGCAAACAAUGCAAGAAUCCGAGAUAAUAAUCCUCGGCUGCAAGCCCUUCAUGGCCGAAGCCGUUCUAGGCGAAGAAGGCGUCCGCGACGCCCUCGCCGGAAAACUAGUCAUCAGCAUGCUCGCAGGCCCAACAUGCCCAGCCCUAACCCGUCUCAUCAACCCAGACAACCUCGCGGAUUCCCCGCACCUCAUGAAAGCCAUCCCGAACAUGGGCGCGCAGUUCGGGCAGUCGAUGACGAUCAUUGAGACUCCUGCGCCGACGAUCCCGCAAGCCAUGGUUGAGACCACGGAGUGGAUUUUCAAGCAUGUCGGUGCGGUUAAGUACCUAGGUCCUGAGCAGAUUGGGCUAGCGACUGUGCUUGUUGGUGCGACGAUGGCGACGUUGACAUUGCCGAUUGAGGGGUUGUUGGAUGGGUGUGUUGCGGAGGGAUUUAAGAGGGCUGAUGCGAUGGAGUUGGUUUUGCAGGGAAUCAGGGGGUUGUCGGCUGUUUUGGAGUCUGGACAGCAUCCUGCCGUUGUUAGGGAGAGUAUUUCUUCACCGAGGGGGUGUACUAUUCAGACGCUUUUGAGUCUUGAGAAGGCCGGGACGAGGUCGGAUUUUGCAGAGGCUAUUGUUAGGGGGAAUACGCAUUUGAAGGAGAAGAUGUAG